AUGAAAUUCUUGGUCAAUGAAUCAGCAUAUCCUUUAUACGAACAAGAACAAAUGGAAUUUCUUCAUCGAACUCCUUCCACUGAUGACAAAGAACAUUCCUCGUCAAUUGAAACUCUUGAAAAUGUUCUUGCUAAUCGCUUUUUUUCUCCGAAGAAAUCCAGUAACAUUCUAAGCAAUUAUCUUAAUACUUCUCUUAAUGAAAAACAAUUCAAUCAGUUUUGUUCGUCAUUAUCAAAGAGAAUACGAACAUGUUCUCUUUCCAAGCACACAACCAUGGCUAUAACAGCAAUAGCAAGUUUUUCAGAAGAACAAACCAAUAGUGUCGAAUGCGACAAUACUUAUUUGUCUUCUGACGAAACCAGUCGAUUAGAUGAUUUGUCCUCAUUGACGACAAUCACAUCUAAUCUACCUAAAGAAAGAAGUAGUUUAGAACAAAAUACCAGUAUUUAUGCUGAUACGACCUUCUUCAACUCAGAUAUCGAUGAUAUCUCCGACGAGAUGAUCUCCUAUGAAAAGUUAGAUAAUGCCAUGGAAAUAAAUUUUGGUUUACGAAAUUCCAAUGAUCAACCCAACAACGAAGAGAUUACUCCAAUACCAGAUGAUUUCCAUUUCGCAAAUUCGAACUUUGACGGUUUAGUUCAUGCGAUAAAAUAUACUGUCAUCUCAGAGAAAGAAGAAGAAGAACAACAAGCUGAUGAUGAUGAUAAUCAACAAACACUCUCCGACUAUGACAACGUUAGUCACUCUUCUGAUGCUAAUAAAAAGAUAAGAUCAAAUGUAGACAUUGUCUCGGCCAAUCUAUCGAUGACAUCGACUAUGCAACACAAUUAUUGUUCAACGAUAUGUUUCGGUGAACAACUAAACAAACAAGUGAAAACGAUUAUAAGUGAACAUAAUGACAGCGAUGAUGAUGAUUAUAUUAUCGUCGAUCAACGAAAACCAGUUGUUCAAAUGACGACAAUGACUUAUGAAAGUGAAUUUGGAACAGAUGAUGAAUUCGAUCAAAACUUUCAAUCGGCGAACUUAUUUGAUAAUGAGCCAUUGUCAGCAAGUCUGUCUGAUAUUUCUCAAGAUUUCGAUAAUCUCGGGUGA